UGUCUAGCAUUGCUGUUGAGUGAGUGGGUUCCCAUCUUCAAAGCAAAAAGUAGGGAGAGAGAGUAGCUUAGGAAGAACAAGGGAGUGGAGGGUCACUGCAUUUUUUUUUGCAGUGUUAAAGGAAAGGGUUUUGAGGGUUUUCUUUGUUUUCAGUUUCAUAUUAAAAAAAAUCUUGUUUUUUUUUUUUUGGUUUGAAGAGUGUUGUUUUUGUUAUGGGUUUUGGGUUUGGUUCCACUCUUCUCUUUGUUUUUUGUUUAUGGGGUCUUUUGAUCUCAUUUUCUUCUUCUACUAGGCUUGGUGCUUCAAGGCAAAAGUUUGAAGUUAACAAGCAUUUGAAUCGUCUUAACAAGCCUCCUAUUAAGACUAUUCAGAGUCCAGAUGGAGAUGUAAUAGAUUGUGUACCUGUUUCAAAGCAACCAGCUUUUGAUCAUCCUUUCCUCAAAGAUCACAAAAUUCAGAUGAGACCUAGUUUCCACCCUGAAGGGCUUUUUGAAGAGAACAAGUUGGCUGAAAACAAAGAAGAAAAAUCAAGUAUUCCCUUAAAUCAACUAUGGCAUGCUGGUGGUAAAUGCCCUGAAGACACAAUACCUAUCAGAAGAACAAAGGAGGAUGAUGUUUUAAGAGCAAGUUCAGUCAAAAGAUAUGGAAGGAAAAAGCAUAAGUCAAUCCCUAAGCCUAGAUCAGCAGAGCCUGAUUUGGUUAACCAAAGUGGUCAUCAGCACGCAAUAGCUUACAUUGAAGGAGAUAAGUUCUACGGGGCAAAAGCUACUAUAAAUGUUUGGGAACCAAAGAUACAACAGGCUAAUGAGUUCAGCUUGUCUCAGCUUUGGAUAUUAGGAGGCUCUUUUGGUCAAGAUCUUAACAGCAUUGAAGCUGGCUGGCAGGUUAGUCCAGACUUAUAUGGCGAUAACAACACGAGGCUCUUCACCUACUGGACGAGUGAUGCAUAUCAAGCUACUGGAUGCUACAAUCUUCUUUGCUCGGGAUUUAUUCAAGUCAGCAGUGACAUAGCAAUGGGUGCAAGUAUUUCUCCAAUUUCCUCAUACCGAGAUUCUCAGUAUGAUAUCAGCAUACUUAUCUGGAAGGAUCCAAAAGAGGGACACUGGUGGAUGCAAUUUGGAAAUGGCUAUGUAAUGGGAUAUUGGCCUUCAUUCUUAUUCUCAUAUUUAGCCGACAGUGCUACCAUGAUUGAAUGGGGAGGAGAAGUUGUAAACUCUGAGCCUGAUGGCCAACACACAUCAACUCAAAUGGGCAGUGGUCAUUUUCCAGAAGAAGGAUUUGGAAAAGCAAGUUACUUCAGAAACAUUCAAGUGGUUGAUAGUUCCAAUAAUCUCAAAGCACCAAAAAGCAUUGGCACCUAUAGUGAAAACUCAAACUGUUAUGAUGUUCAAACAGGUAGUAAUAGUGAUUGGGGUCAUUACUUUUACUAUGGAGGACCUGGUAAAAACCCAAAUUGUCAAUGAAAAGUACUAUGAAAAAAAAGAAAAAAAAUCAUGUCUCUCUUGUAUCAUUCAAUCAUCAAUCCUAGUAGUGUUAUAAAAAACUCUUCUUUCUUCUACCCUUUUUUUUUCUGUAGUGGAAAGUUUUGAUUUUUUUUUUUAAUGUUAUAUUGAAAAGAUUCUCUAUGUAAGAAAAUGGAGAAGUGUGUGGCCUAGUUUCUUUCUCAAAAGGCUAAAAGAAACAGGCCCUUUGUAUUUUAUUUGUUUCUCCACUUUUCCCUAUGGGAGUGUUUGUCAAAAUGCAAUGGAACUAACUAGUGUUUUGUGAUUACCAAAA